AUGAGCAAUGAGACUCUCAGGGACAAUAUCGCCAAAGUACGCGAUGUGACUCACGAAAACUGCCUAGACCUCAUGCAGGUGUAUGAGGAUCAAGAUCUAGAUUUCUUCGUCAUGCAUGGUGUGGGAUUAGGUGCCACCCGGCGGUUCGUAGGUGACAUCGCCUAUUGGUUGACCAGUUCGAUCAUGAUCGACAGUUGCAUAGGUGUCCUCGAUGAUGUUCCGAACCAGUUGUUUGCGGGUAGAUCAACGUCACCGGACUGGUCGGAGAUGCAAGUGGUCGAUAGUGCAGGGAGCGAGGCGAGAGACCGCAUACGUUGCCUCCAGUCCUGCGCGGCGUCAAUUAAGACCCGCAUGUUGGUCGGGCCUAGAGAGCAUGUACCAACGGGAACCAUUGACUUUCCACUCACGUUCGGUCCCGACCCGCCGUUUGGUCUCAUAGAGUACACCUACCAGCUCACAGCAUAUGAAAAUCUCUAA